GCGAGACAAAGGGUUGCAGCUAGAUAACCCUCCUCAUAUAUCCAGGACACUGCACAACUUUUCAGACUUCAAGUCAAAGCUCCCGGAGAGAAACCAGCUGUCAGGCCUGCUGCGUCACGCACGGUCCUCCGCAAGGAUCCACCGGCGGUUUUGGACUCCAAGUAACCGCAUUUAUAGCCACUAAACACGGGAACAAUGAAGAUGCUCCUGCCUCUGGUAACCCUCCAGCUGCUGUUGGCUCCAGUGCUCAUGGUGCCCGGUGUGGAUCACUGGGACUCAUGGGGUCCUUAUGGAGAAUGCAGCCGGAGCUGUGGCAGCGGAGUGACUAUGAGAACAAGAAGCUGUAUCACACACAGGGCUGAUGGAGGACACAACUGUGUGGGACCAGACAAGUCCUACCGCACCUGCAACAUCCAGGACUGUCCUGAGGGAUCCAAGGAUUUCCGUGAAGAGCAGUGCUCCCAGUUUGAUGGCACUGACUUCCAGGGGAAACUCUACAAGUGGCUGCCUUAUUAUGGAGCUGAGAACCCCUGUGAGCUGAACUGCAUGCCGAGAGGAGAAAACUUCUUCUAUCGUCACCGCAGCUCUGUGGUGGAUGGGACGCCCUGUCACCCUGGACGGAGGGACGUUUGUGUGGAGGGAGUCUGCAAGCGUCUCGGCUGUGACAACACGUUGGAGUCUCUUCAGCAGGAAGACCCCUGCCUGCAGUGUGGGGGGAACGGACAGUCCUGCUCCCAAGUCAAGAACAGCUUCUCUGUACGCGACCUGCCAACCGGCUACAACCAGAUGUUUAUCAUCCCUGUUGGAGCCACCACCAUCAGCAUCAGAGAAACUGUGGCCACUCGCAACUACCUUGCUAUCAAGAACCUGCGUGGUGAGUACUACCUCAAUGGCCACUGGGUUAUCGAGUUUUCCAGGGCGACACCCAUUGCUGGGACUGUGCUGUACUAUCAGCGAGGAGCUGAGGGUGACAACAUCCCCGAAACCAUCAUCGGCCGUGGCCCCACCACCGAACCCCUCGUUAUUGAGCUGAUCAGCCAGGAGCCAAACCAAGGAGUGGAGUAUGAAUUUUAUCUUCCCAAUGGACGCUCCAGACAGGGCUACUACUGGAGUUUCGGAUCUUGGUCUUCCUGCAGCAAAGAGUGUGGAUCAGGCUACCAGUCUCGUUUGGUCUUCUGCACCAUUGACAACGAGUCCUACCCCGACUAUCUCUGUGCAUCUCUGCCGAGGCCACAGACCAACCGUACAUGCAACCCUCAUGCAUGCCCACAGAUCCGCAGGAUGGCGUACCUGUAUCCACCACAGUUGUGGAGAUCCUCAAAAAGGCCCAGAGCCUAUGUGAUCAGCUGGAAAACCGGAGAGUGGAACACCUGCUCCGUUACCUGCGGGGGAGGCUCUCAGGUGCGCAGCGUGCAGUGCGUCUCCCAUGAUGCCGCGGGCCCCCGCGUGGUGGAGGAUGUCGUUUGCGCCGCCUACGCCGAGGCACCGCCCUCUCUGCAGACCUGCAACAUGCAGAAGUGUGCAGAGUAUCAAGUGACCAGAUGGAGCGCGUGCUCGGUGACUUGUGGUUCAGGCGAGCAGACCAGGGAAGUCACCUGUGUUGGUUCAGAACGAAUGCGGCUGGAGGAAACAACCUGCAGCACUCUGCUCCGCCCGACCGCCGUCCGACCCUGUGAGAUGGCGGCCUGCCUGAGACAGAUCAGCUGGCACGUCGGGGACUGGGGCCUGUGCUCUAAGAGCUGUGGUUCCGGCUCACGAGAGCGACAGGUGAUCUGCUCCGACCGAGAGAGGAACCUGUACCCUGUGGUUGAAUGUAACGCCAACCCCAAACCCUCCACCGUGGAGCGCUGCAACACCCAGUCCUGCUACAGCCCACAGGUGGUUCCCAGCAUCCAGGACACACGAGGACACGACAACACACAGACUGUGUUCCAGCCUUAUGUGCCAGACCACGCGACAGUUCGCAGGCCGGAGACGGACCCGAGCCAGACGAACACAGUCCACGACUCUCACGGCUCCGCCCCGGCCCUCCACUGCAGCCAGUCCCAUUAUGGCUGCUGCCCGGACGGACGCACUUCAGCCGGGGGCCCCCAGGGUUUGGGCUGCCCACAUGUCCCAGCUCCCACUCUUGUCCAGCCACACUGCGUCCAGACCAGUUACGGAUGCUGCCAAGACAGAGUGACGGCGGCUCGUGGCCCCAACAGGGAGGGCUGCAUGGAGUACGCGGCCACUGCACCUACUGCUGCUCCUUCUCUUCCCACUGAGAAUGGAGCGCAGUGCCGCAUCACCACCUACGGGUGCUGUUAUGACCGCACCACACCUGCAGGAGGACCCAACGGGGAGAGCUGCCCCAACCCACCCAACCACAUUGAGCGCUCCAUCUGCUCGCUGCCUCGCGCCGCCGGCUCCUGCAGCGGCUGGGUGCCGCGCUACCACUACGACGUCAUCGCCUCCAAGUGCGUGCACUUCUGGUACGGAGGUUGCCACGGCAACAGUAACAACUUCAUGACCCGGGCCGAGUGCCAGAGGGGUUGCCGGGGGGCUGCAACGAGCCAGCAGGGCCCGGGCCCGGUCGCUCCCGCCGCGCAGCCGACUUCUAGAAGAGAGUCCACCGCUGGAAGGACCGCAUCUGGAGCAGGAACAGCAUCUGGAGCAGGUGGAUCCAUGUCUGGGGGGUCACGCAGCAUGGGGAGGAUUUUCACGGUCCAGGGAAGAUCGACCAGCAACACCGGCAGACAGGCCACAAGUGCCGCCAACCAUGCCCACAGAGCCAGAGUCUUACUGCGCACUCACCGACCUUCCCCUGCUGCCGAUGCACAGCACACCGGCCCAGCAGCGAGUUUGACCCUUGGAGAAGUGACCAUCGAUAAGUCUGACCCCUCCACAGUGGAAGCUUUAGUGGGCCAGACAGUUGUGCUGCCCUGCAGAGUCAGCCCGCCGCCGUCCUCCACUGUCAAUGUCGAGUGGAGAAGAGAUGGCGUCCCUCUGUCAACUUACAGGCAUCACCAGCAGCCCAAUGGCUCCCUGUUAGUUGGUCCUCUCUCUAAGUUGGACUCUGGUUGGUUCUUGUGUGUGGCUACUCGUGAACAGGAGAGAGACCACCGCUACAUUUACCUGUCUGUCUCAGUGGGAUCAUCUCAGCCGGUUCCUAGCUUACCGCCCGGAGACGGUCCUUUCCCUCGCUUCAGUAUCGAGCGGUCGAGCUCGUCUUUGCUGGAGACGCGAGCCGGACAAACUGCCAGACUGUCCUGCACGAUCGUCCCUCCGUCAGCACGUCGGUCCGUCAGCAUCCAGUGGACCAAAGAUGGACACGCCCUCAGCGACUCCAGGUUCACCCAACAUUCAGAUGGCACUCUGACCAUCGGCUCUCUGAAGUCUGCAGACUCCGGCGUCUACACGUGCACGGCCUCCUCUCAGCAGCAGCUGGAGCAGCGACAGCUGCAGCUCAGAGUCCAAGUCGACCUGAAGAUCACCACAGCUCCCAACAACAUCCAGGUGUCUGAAGGCAGCAGAGCGCUGCUCUCCUGUGUGGUGUCAGGAGACAAUGUCAACAUAGGCUGGUCCAGAAACGGUGUACCGGUGCGUCCAGACGGUCGUAACAUCCUGACGUCCUCUGACGGCAGCCUGAUCCUGAAUAACGUCAAGCCUUCAGACGAGGGCACGUACACCUGUAACGCUUACACCGGCAUCUACUCUGUGAGCGCCACGGCUGAAGUUAGAGUCAUUAAAGACACACAGCAAGAUGACGAUGUGCCUCCAGAAUGCGUGGACCAGCCUGAUCUUGCCAACUGCGACCUGAUAGUUUACGCCAGACUUUGCUCCAACUCGUACUACUCCAGCUUCUGCUGUGCCAGCUGUACCAGGCACUCACAGAGGAACGACAGGUCCGGUCGUCUGGGCUAAAGCUGCAGAGGCUUUUUAAAAACUGUGGGACGGGUGGGAGAGAGGGGACGACCGAGGGCUAGUGUUUCAGACAUCGCAGCUGCAUUUUGAAAAAACCUUCCAACACUGAACUUUUGCCAAAAGCACUCAAAACUGCAACGGAAAAAGGGACUGAUUACUAGCAGAUGUUGUUGAAUCUGUGAACCUGGAGUUCAGGGAGUCUGUUUGUACACUGCUGCAUUAAACACUGAAUAUGGAGACACUGAAUAGGGGCCUUAAACGCACCACGUAAACCUGGAGAGUCUGUUGAAUGUGAUGACGCAAGAGUCGAACUUUCUUUGUCGUUCUUCCUCCGCCACGUCUUUAAAAUAAGUUAUUUUCUCCUUGGACCUACUGUACGUGUUCUCUGUUUUCUAGAGAAUUGUUUUACUUGCAGGUCAUUAAAAGGAUUUGACAUGUAAAUCCAGUGAAAUUAAAAUGUUUUGACCACUGCUCUGUUUUU